UCUCCGUAGAGACGCUUCGCCAUCUUGAAUUUAGUAAAAGUUGCAGACAGCCAUCGACACAGUCGCCUUAACAAACACAAAACAACCAAGAUAUGAGCGGCUCUAACUCUCGAAACAAGACUGCAGCCACAGUCAAAGGACCGGACACCGAUAUCGGCCCAACAGCAAAUUCCAGGGAGCGGAAGUCCGGUGGAGGUGUACUGAAGAGACUCAAAUCGCGACGAAAUCAAACCGAUAAACAGCGGCCUGUUAUCACAGAAGAAGAGCUAAGGGCGCUAGGAAGACACAUCACACCGGACGAAGUCCUUGGUCUGCGUGCUGUUACACGGGAUUAUCUAUGUAAACCUGAGGACAAUGUCUACAAUAUUGACUUCACACGUUUCAAGAUUAGAGAUCUGGAGACUGGGACAGUGCUCUUUGAGAUUGCUAAACCUCACAACUGUGACCCUGAAGAUGAGGAAGAAGAGAAUGGAGAUGUAGACACCAGUGCCGGACGCUUUGUGCGGUAUCAGUUUACACCGGCCUUCCUCAGACUGCGGACUGUUGGUGCAACUGUCGAGUUCACCGUGGGGGACCGGCCUGUUAACAGCUUUCGCAUGAUAGAGAGGCAUUAUUUCCAGGAUAAAGUUCUCAAGAACUUUGACUUUGACUUCGGAUUCUGCAUCCCAAACAGCUGUAACACUUGCGAACAUAUCUAUGAGUUUCCCCAGCUCCCUGAGGACCUCAUUUGCCUAAUGGUGGAGCACCCGUAUGAGACCAGGUCAGACAGCUUCUACUUUGUGGACAACAAACUGAUCAUGCACAAUAAGGCAGACUACGCCUAUGAUGGGGGCGAGUAGUGCCUGAAUAUUAGCGUCUUGUGUGCAAUGCAACGCAGCGGUCACAUUGCCCCAGAACACAACCACAAUAUAGCCCUUUUGGGAACAGGAGUAUACUUCAGACAUUCCAACCAAAUUUACCAGCCCCAGGUUUGGGAAAACUGGACCAUGUCUGCCUUCAAAACAAGUUGAUCAUUUAUUUGUAACCUCGUACCCCUCUGUUGCUGGGACUCAUAGGAAACUUUUGUCAAUCACUCUUUUGUAAUGUUGAACAUGUUUUUCUUUUAAUCUUUUCGAACAUUUAAAUGGUUACUUUUAAGUAUUAUUUUAAUCUGCCUUGAGUUAGUUCAGUAUUUGUUGCAAUAUCCUUGUUUUUGUUGGAAUACAUUUAGACAUAUCUUGUGGGUUUGUGUAACUAAUCAGCCUAAUGAUCUAAUACACUCAUUCGAAUUUAAUAAUAUUAGUUUCAAUUUCUCAAGUUGUCAUUUUUUUCAGGGUUGCCAUCUCCCUGGUGAAAGGCCACUCUGUUACCAAACGGCUCUACGGAGGGAAUCUGGAACUUUGCAUGAUCCCAAAGUGAAUGUUGAAUACUGGAUAUUUUUAGCCCGUAAGAUGAGCACCAAUUACAACCUUUUGAUACCACCUAAUUUGAUUGAACAAGUAAAUACAUUUUUGCUACUCAUUGUGCUCUAGUAACAAUCAUUAUCAUUUGCUGUGUCUUUCCUCCUCAGAUAGUGGGCUAAAUAUUCAGCUGUGAGACUAAAUGCUCCAUGACUUAGAAACCUUGCCUUGAUAGAAGCUGUAUUAUUCAUAUUGGGUGUCCCAUUUCACCUCUAGCUGUAUAUACAACCAAUAAUCCCUGUUGGCUAUGAGACAUUUUUGUAUUAACUGCCAUUGGUAGUAAGUCACAGAUGGCACCCCUGGCCUUUUUAAGUUGUUAGCAUUUGUGACAGUGCUGGAAAUUUACUUGCAGUGUGUUUGUGCCUGCUGGAGUGAUACUGAGCCUCCCAACACUAAAUUAAACCUCUCCAUGGGCCUUUGUAUUCAGACUGUUAAACUCGAGGCUUUGUGUGUGAGAGAAAUCCCUGUCAAGUCCAGCUGUCAAUCAGCUGUGCUCUGCUACACAUUUCCAACACUCAUCAACAGUAAAAAGAAGGCUGGAAGAGAUUUUGUGGGUAAAAUAUUUUUCUGCUAUGAAAUGAUAACUACAGGUCAAUGCUCAGUGGAAGUCAAUGCUCAGUGGAAGGUAUGUGAUGAUAAUCACUUUCUAGACUUGUGAUAUGUGCAUUUUUUUUUUAAAUUAAAAAUUAGUUGCUGAUGGAAAAUUGUGAUGUCAUCCACCAUUAUAAAUUCUGUAUUUCUAAUAGCGCCCUCAAAUUGUUAAGAUGGCGCAGAAGAAAAUAGCUGACGUUUUACAUGCCCGUAACCAAUUGUGCUGGGGUUUUGUGUGUGUUUGUAACUUCAGUAAAAAAAAAAAUUACAUAA